AUGCGCCGCGAGCUACUCGAGGUCCUGUCAAAUCCACAGAUCCGUGACAUCGCAAGAAAGUAUUACGAUGCAGAACUCCGCGGUCGUCGCGGAACCGGACGCCUUGGCUUCCGAGAGCUGCGUCACGUGCUGCGGGAAUUGAACCACCACCUGGGCCUACCUAUGCCAGCUGCACCGCUAGCGGAGCAGCUCUUCAAACGCUACGACUUCAACGGUGAUGGCGACCUGAGCUUUGAGGAGUUCUUUGAGCUCUUCGUGAAAACGCUUCGGCGCGUGGCUUUCGAUCGGUCGGUGCUCCUCGGUCGCGAGAUUUUCGUAACCCAAGAGCCCGGGAAGGUGUGGGAUGUCUACCAUCGAGUUAAGACGCUGGGAGAGGGCUCGUUUGGCUCUGCUCAUCUGGGAAAGCAUAAGAGGACCAAGGAGGAGCGCGUCAUCAAGGUCGUCGAGAAAUCGCAGGCAAAGCUUCCGGUGGAAGACAUCGAGAAGGAAAUUAUGGUCCUGAGACAGGUGGAUCAUCCGCACAUCAUCCGGCUUCACGAGUGGUAUGAAGGGUCGUCGAAGAUCUAUUUGGUGAUGGAUGCGAUUAAGGGCGGCACGCUGCGCGAAGUCUUGCUGCACUUCCAAGCGGAAGGGGCCGCCGUGGAGGAGACUUGGAGCCGGUCCGUGAUGAAGCAAACUCUGCAGGCCAUGGCCUACUGCCAUGGAAUGCGGAUCAUUCACAAGGAUUUGAAAGACGAGAAUGUCAUGCUUCUCAAAGGAUCUGAGACCUCGGAGCCCUUCGUUGUCAUCAUCGACUUGGGAGUUUCUGAGAUGUUCUCGUCUUCUGAUCCACAUGGAAAGCUGAUGGGGGGCACGCCCAUGACAAUGGCUCCGGAGGUCUGGGAAAACAACUUCGGCCCUAAGUGCGAUGUUUGGUCUGCAGGUUGCAUUCUGUUCGAGAUGCUUGCCGGAAGCCUCCCGUUCGCUGUGAGGAGCAUGAAUCCGAAAGAUUGGCAGGCCUUACACCGGUAUGGCCCGGAUUGGCGAAAGGUGAAAACAUCAAGCCUCAGCCGCAGGCUUUGUCAAGAGAUGUUGACCUACUCGGACACACACAGACCUACGAUGCUCCAGUGCCUGCAGCACAAGUGGUUCGGUGCGAAGGACGAGAGCCUUGGAGCUCUUGAUGUCGACCAGCUGAAGCAGCUGCAGGAGUUUGCAAACGAGUCUGCCUUGAAGCGAGCUGUGAUCAUGGAAGUGGCAUCCAAGCUGCCGAUUGAACGCGCAGAGCGCAUCGCAAAGGUAUUUGAGAAGAUCGACGAGAACAGCGAUGGCAGCAUUUCCCUGGAGGAGCUGGCGCGCCUGUUUUCGCAGAUGGGCCUCAAGGACCGGAGCCUUCAGAACCGAGCUUUCCAGACGCUGGACAUCAACGGGGACGGGGUUUUGUCUUUCAGCGAGUUCUCGGCUGGCGUCUUGACGGUUUACACCGAUCUCCUGGAGGACCGAUUCCUCGAACUUUUCCGGCGGCACGACAUCAAUGGCGAUGGAAUGCUGAGCCGUGCAGAGUUUGAAGCCUUCAUGGAGAAGGUCCUGCCUCUGGCCAACCGCAGCGUUCAGCAAAGUCCGGCAGAAACCAUCACAAAGAUCUUUGGCCACGAAGAGGACCUCAUUACCUUCGAGGAAAUGAGAGCCCAACUCCUGCCUACAAGCACGAAGAAACGGCGAAGAUAG